ACCCGGGUCGCCCGCCCCGCGCCGGUCCGGUGCCGAGGGCGCGCACAUGGCGAGCCAGGCGCACUCCCUCAGCUACACGGGCUGCAACUUCUUGCGCCAGCGGCUGGUCCUGUCCACCCUGAGUGGGCGUCCGGUCAAAAUCCGGAAGAUUCGCGCCAGAGACGACAACCCGGGCCUCCGAGAUUUUGAAGCCAGCUUCAUAAGGCUGUUGGACAAAAUAACUAAUGGUUCUCGAAUUGAAAUAAACCAAACAGGAACAACAUUGUAUUACCAACCUGGUCUCCUGUAUGGUGGAUCUGUGGAACAUGAUUGUAACAUCCUUCGCAGCAUUGGCUAUUACCUGGAGAGUCUUCUUUGCCUGGCUCCAUUUAUGAAGCACCCAUUAAAAAUAGUUCUUCGAGGAGUGACCAAUGACCAGGUUGACCCAUCGGUUGAUGUCCUAAAAGCAACAGCCCUUCCUCUCUUGAAACAGUUUGGGAUUGAUGGUGAAUCAUUUGAGCUAAAGAUUGUGCGACGGGGAAUGCCUCCCGGAGGAGGAGGUGAGGUGUUGUUCUCAUGUCCUGUAAGGAAAUUCCUGAAGCCCAUUCAGCUCACAGAUCCAGGAAAAAUCAAGCGUAUCAGAGGAAUGGCGUACUCCGUACGAGUUUCGCCUCAGAUGGCAAAUAGGAUUGUGGAGUCUGCAAGGAGCAUCCUCAACAAGUUUAUACCUGAUAUCUAUAUUUAUACAGACCACAUGAAGGGAGUCAACUCUGGGAAAUCUCCAGGUUUUGGGUUGUCACUGGUUGCUGAGACCACCAAUGGCACUUUCCUCAGUGCUGAACUGGCUUCCAACCCCCAGGGCCAGGGGGCAGCAGUGCUUCCAGAGGACCUCGGCAGGAACUGUGCCAAGCUGCUGCUGGAAGAAAUCUACAGGGGUGGAUGUGUGGACUCGACCAAUCAAAGCCUGGCUUUGUUGCUCAUGACCCUUGGACAGCAGGAUGUUUCCAAAGUUCUGCUUGGACCACUCUCUCCCUACACGAUAGAAUUUUUGCGGCAUUUGAAGAGCUUUUUCCAGAUUAUGUUUAAAAUUGAAACCAAGCCCUGUGGUGAAGAACUCAAGGGUGGGGAUAAAGUACUGAUGACUUGUGUUGGCAUUGGCUUCUCCAACCUUAGCAAGACCCUCAAGUGAUACUGUCACAAACUAUGGCCCCAACACCUACAAACAAGCAGAAACUGCCAAGGACACCAAAAGGGUCGAAAUCCAGUUCCAUCCAAGAUAGGAUGGCCUCUUCUAUUAAGACCUUCUCAUUUUUCCGUUUAGAAAAAAAAGUCAUUAUGUCCUAAUAAAAGACAUCUCUAUAUCAUGUGGUUUCCAGCUGUUUCUAGUGACGUUGACAUUCCUCUGGAGGCCCAGUCUUGGUGAGCAUUCCCAUGGCUUAAUGGAUGAAGAAUAGACCUUCAGGACAUAGACAACAAGAGCAACCUCAUACUACUUUUCAGCUUUGCUUCCUCAGCUCGUAUCACUGGACUAUGUCAUGUGACUGUUUUUCAGAGCUGUAGAGUCUGUUACUGUUCACUCUGUAAGGACCGACAUGAUUUAGCCAUAGGUUCCAUUUAGGGACUAAAUGAGAUUAUGACUAAAGUUCCUUGAUGAGUGCAGUGCAUUCAGUUGUCAGAAAUUGACAGAUAUCAGACUUCUCCUGUCUCUGUCUUCUGAUUGGAAUGUUAUCUAGUAGAUGAUUUCCCUUUUGGUUUCAUUUUAUGUAUAUGUGGGAGGGACGUGGCCUGGGGAGACUGGUUUGACUGAAAUUGUUGGAUGUUUUUAUGUCUUAAUUGUGCCAUACAUUUUUAACUUUUUUAGUCUUAUAAUAGUCAAGUAAUGUGGAUAUUAUCUGCGCAAGAAUAUUCAAAACAAGUAUGUUUUUAUUUCUUUGAAAUUGAUAAUGUAAAAAAAAUACCAAAUUAAAGGUCUAAGUAAAACUGUCAAA